AUGGCCAGGUGCAUUCAUGGUGUUAUGACAACUUCUGACGAUUCAUAUUUACUUCCGGAACCUUCUUCAGGUUCACCUUUUCAAACACGGCUACCAGUUACUACAUCAAGAAGUUGUUUUAAAAGAUUUUAUGAAAGCAUGUUUAGAUGUUGUAGAAAUAUGCUUAGGAGAAAGCGUUCUUUACAUUCACGAACUCUUCGGUUAGGAUAUGGACCAAUAUCUGGUAGUCAUUCUAAUUUUGUACCAAAUAAAUUCUUUUUCAACAAUUUAAAUUCUUUUUAA